CAAUUAAAACAGAUCUGCUUUUGUUUAGUAGAGUGCCAGAGAAGCAACUGUAAAGUAUAAGUUGAGGGAUAACUAGUCAAACUUGCCUUGGGUUUCCGUUGUGGAGCUGAUGGAAUGCAAUACCAGUGAUGGAUACAAAACCCAAAAGAAGAAAAAUUGCAUUUCGAACACGGCAUAAUAAUAAAUGUGACUUUUGUAUUGAUUGAUGCUCGUUUGUUGAAUGUAUUUUUUAAGAUCGUAGAAAUGGGCGAGGGAAGUCUGGAAUUAAAAAUUGUUGCAGCAGAAGGACUUAAGAAUGUGAACAUUUUUAAUAAGGGUAAAAUAAGUCCAUAUGCAGUUGCUUGGGUAGAUCCCCAGCUGAAGAAAUCUACUAAAACUCUGCGAAAUUCUGGAACGUCUCCUGUUUGGAAUGACACCGUUUUACUCCCUCUGCAGACCCAGUUGCUUAAUAAUCCCAAUGCAGCUCUUAUCAUUCAGGUUAUGUGUGAAGCCCCCCUUAAAACAAAGAUAAUCGGAACCACAACUAUAAUGGUCGCCGAGAUCAAAAGGAUUUGUUCUAUAACAGGGAGAGAUGAGAGUGAAACAUUCACAUUGCAACUGUGGAGGCCAUCUGGGAGGGCUUAUGGGAUGCUGAAAAUCGCUCUUAAACUUAAGGGCUUUGCUCAAUCGCAGAUAUCUGAUGUGUCCUCCAAUUGGGUAUCGACCAAUCCCCAACCACCCAACUGGGCUUUGGCUAAUUCUCAAGCACGCAAUUGGGAGGUCACCAAUUUCUCCCAGCCAUGCGAUUUUCCAGUGCAAGGUAUUCCUGUUUCAGCAAUGUAUCCUCCAGUAGCCUCUAUUGCAGUCCCUUCAGAUGCCACGGACAAUUCCACAUCAGAAGAGCAAUGCACUUAUUCACCUGCACUACAAAAACCCUCAUCAGUAGUCAUGCCUUUUCACCAAAGUGCAGGCCCAAUGGGUAUUGUGGAAAAUUCCACAUCAAAUGAGCAAUGUGUUUAUACAGAUGCACAACCACAACAACCACCAGCAUACAUGCCUCGUCCUCCAACAGCUCCCCCGUUACAGCAAAACAAUGCUCCAAAGAAUUUCCUCAUAGGCCUGCUCAGUGGUGCAGUUGCAGCAGUUCUUGUAGGAAGCGCAAUGAUGUGAAGAGUUAGGAUCUGUAAGAAUUAAUCUGUUUGUGCUUUCAUCAAAAGGUCAUUUUAUGUUCUCCGUGGAAUUCAAGUGUAACGAUGAUAGAGAUCUGUUUGUGCUCGCUUGUGUAAUGGAGGUUUAAAGAAGUUCUCUGCAUGAGUUACCAUUAAGCACUUGCAGUCUCAUCUUUCUGCAGGCAUUGCUAGUAUAUUUAGUCUUUUUUGGAAUGCUAGAGAUUAGGAUUGUGUCCAUUUUGUUAAGGGAGUUUUACCAAUGCCCUUUUUAGAGGAGUGCUUUGUGUGAAGCUCCAUCAAGCAUUAUUGUCUCAAUUCUCUAUAGACAAUGCUAAUAUGUAUAUUGCAUCCCAUGUUCUUGUUAACUAGCAGUACCUGUUACGAUU